AUGUACAUCCGGCCACUCCACAGCGGGUGCCGCCGUUGCGGUGGUGCUGGUGACCAUGCUGCUCGUCUAGCCUCGCAGUGGCGCACUGCUGCGCUGCUCGUCACAGCUGCCUUUACGUCCGUGCUGUUUUUCUCUCCCUCAUGGGUGCAGGCGGGGAUCACCAACGCCGCGGACUUGGAGCCCGUGUACCUUCUGAACACCAUGUAUGCGACUGACGCCUUUGUUGAGGAUGACGCCAAGGCCCUGUGGAAGGGCAUGGACAUGGCCUUCUACAACUCUGGGUAUAAGGCUGCCGGCGGGCGCCCCAUCAAAAUUCUUCAUCCCGAUCCUGUCCAGGAUAGCCUGAAUGACACAGAGGCGGUAAUUCUUCACGCCCUUCAUCGGCAGGAGAAGCUGCUCGCGGUGCUUGGGCCGUACAUGGAUACCUGCCUCACCGUGGCUCUAAACAGUGUUGAUGUGGUCAAAUCUGAGCUGAUGCUGCUUGGCCCCUUCACCGGCUCCUCCACUGUGCGCACCUGGAGUGACUCCGUGUACUUUACCCGCGCCGAGCCGAUGAUAGAGCUCAAAGUUGUUAUGAUGCACGUGAUUAACACCAUUCGUGCUCGCCGUGUUGCCUUCAUGCACUUGACUGGGGCACAUUUUGGUGAAGAGGAGUUGCUCUACAUGCAGCUCACGCUCGCGUCCCUCUUACGCGACCCGGCGGCGGUGUAUGCUGCACCGCUCUCAGCGAUCAACGCGGAAGUUGAUCAGAACGCGUUUGAUGCGAUGGCGGACACACACCCGCAGGUGAUCAUUGUGUGGACUGCUCCCGGAAAGCAGGUGGCUCGUUUCCUCGAAAAGGCGCUGACAGAUUCGCGUACUUCAUCAGCGUACAUUAUCUCCUGCUCGAUGAUGCAGCGGCUCAUGUUUCAUCUUCACAAGCGUCUGCUGAACUCGGGCAGCAUUGUGUCAAGGGAUGGCCAGAUACUCGUGAGUGCCACAGAGUCGCCGGUGUCUGACCAGAUAUCAAAAUACAUCAAGGUGUUCAAGACACAGAUGCGUAACUACAUCGAAAACUCGGGCAGCUUCGACUACUCACCCGACGACGAAACGGUGGAGACACUAGCGCCCACGUUGAUGUCUGCGAUGCCGCGUACUCGGAAUUUCACUGUGGAGACAUUCUUGGAAGCACAUCCGGAUCUUGCGCAGCUGAUGGUGCUGGGUUGGGUGUCCGGAACCCUUGUGCAGCAGACGCUUGAGCGGCCCGACUGGAUCGUGAGCCGAUCAGCGUACAAAGCUGGUCUGUUUAACCAAAACCGGUUCAUGAUCGGCGGCGACUACGUGCUGGGAGACUAUGGCGGUUCGUGCGAGCCACUCGCGCAGUACUUGGGUGCAACGUGUUACUGCAACCAAGGCGGGCGCGCGGCGAUCCUUACGGUCUUGAAGGACGCCUCGUGGGACAUCUUGCCUGACUCGCUCUUCACGUACCCUCAGUCAGCGUGCAACUCAUCCAAGGCUGAGGUCAUAAAAGCGGCGACUGUGUUGAUCCUCAUGCACCUGGACUCUCCGAAGCUAAUGGAGGCAGGCGUGCAGAUGACCGCCAUCGCACCCGACGCUGUCCAGGAUGACUCCUGCAAGCGCCACAGUGUGAAUAGACUCUCUCUGAGUAUGACGAUGGCAGCAGCACAACGGCUGUUUGAUGCGGAGGUAGGGAACUACUCUGUCGAUAUCGUUGCUGGGCCCAUGCGGCGCACACUCGACGUGGGCAACACCUUCGUGGUGAGUCCGCUCUACACCCGCCCACACCUGCUGACGAAGAAGCGCAACUACGUGUACCUGAUGCCGACGCUGGAGCAGCAGAUGUUCCUGCUGUACUUCAAAAUCGACGCUGUGCGCGCCGCUGUGUCCGCCGGUACGGACACGAGGGUGACUCUGCGAGGGUAUUCGGCAGACGAGGCAGAUACAAUUUCAGAUCUCUUCUGCAAGACAGCAGGCACAUUUAACCUUCCGGACCCGUUCAUUAUCCGCGUUCCCCUCACGGAGAGCUUGACUGGCAUCGUUUCUCCAAAGGGCAUUAACGUUGUCGUUGGCAUGACCGACGGAGACGGUUCUAGGAUGGCGACCUUCCUUGCUGCGAAUCCCGCUGCCAUUAUCGUAGUAUGCUUCGAUGACCUGGCGAUGCACUACACGGAGCUUAUUGCGGCCCUUUCCAUACAGCCAUCAUCCGUACAAUCGAGACUGAUCUCGUUCAACAGCCUGCCGCUCUGGAGCGAUACGUCGCCAGCGGCAGAGGCUGACUCACCGGUCCUUAAGCUCUUCCACAGAAGGUUCCCCGAUCCUAGCAACCACACGCCGUCUCUGCUACGCGACCUAGUGACCGCCAGUUUUAUUGGGGAGCUCAUUGCUAAAGUGAGUGUUCCGCACACACAGCUACUCGCGGGCGAGCUGUACAUGCGCAGUACAUUCACCACACACAACAUGGUAUUUGGCCCCUUUGAGUGGGGCUGCACCACGACGGCGAGCGGUGAUGACUGCAUAUACGAAAACUACGGCGCGCAGAGCAUUGCGAUGCUCUCCGUGCAGAGGAUGCUGGACCCGCGGGUGCCGCAGCUGACGGCUCCGAUGACGCCGUCCUUGGUGUACAGGCCUCGCGUGGCGUCGAGUGCGCUGACGCCUGCGGAGCGCAACGGCAUCAUUGCCGGCGUCGUGCUGCUUGUUGUCGCGUCGAUUGCAGCUGUUGGGCUGCUCCUGUACUGCUGCAUGGACAACCGGGACAACGACGCGGCGCCGAAGGACGGUGACGAGCCGGUGACGCUGGUCUUCACGGACAUCGAGAGCAGCACUGCGCUGUGGGCCGUGCUGCCGCAGCUGAUGGCUGACGCGAUUGUGGCGCACCACCGCGUGAUCCGGCAGCUGAUCGCGAAGCACGGGUGCUACGAGGUGAAGACGAUCGGCGACUCGUUCAUGAUUGCGUGCAAGAGCGCGCACAGCGCUGUGAGGCUUGCGUGCGAGAUCCAGACGAAGCUGCUGGGGCACGACUGGGGGACGGUGUCCAUCGACGCUGCGUACCGCGAGUUCGAGCUUGCGCGCGCGGACGCUGAUGACGACUACGUGCCGCCGACUGCGCGGCUGAGCGAGGAGGAGUACGCCGCGGUGUGGUGCGGGCUGCGCGUGCGUGUGGGGGUCCACACCGGGCUGUGCGACAUCCGGUACGACGAGGUGACGAAGGGGUACGACUACUACGGCGACGCGCCGAACAUGGCUGCGCGCACGGAGGCUGUUGCGAAUGGCGGGCAGGUUGUCGCGACGGAGACGGCGUGGUGGGCGCUGUCGAACGAGGAGCGCGCGGGUGCUGCGCACACCGCGAUGGGACGGCAGGGGCUGCGCGGUGUGCCGUUCGCGGUGGAGAUGUUCCAGAUGGACGCUGUGCCUGGGCGCCGUCACGCUGCGCUGCGCACGGAGAUCGAGGCGAUCCUGCCGGACGAGACGGCGACGGAGACGGCCUCGAGUGCUGCUGGUGCGCUGCUGUCGUCUGUGGGCACGAUGAGCGGCCCUGCUGCUGGCAUCGCCUUGGUGCUGACGAGCUGCUUUGCGCCGUACCCCGUAGCGCAGCGCGUGCGCGAGCUGCAGCCGCUGCUGAGCAAGUGGGGCGUUGGUGCGCCGCCGCGGAGCCGUGCUGUGAGCGAGGAGGACUACUGCCAGGGGCUGAUGAACCGCCUAGCGCUUCGGAUUGCGACGGUGUCGCAGGCCCGCCAGCGGAUGGGCAACGGCGGGGCCGUGGUGGCGGGCGACAUGCCGGACGUUGGCGCUGGUGGGGCGCUGAACCCGCUUGUGGGCGUGGGUGGCUGUGGCGUGGGCGGCGCGGCGCCGCGGCCUUCGGGGAUGACAGCGCCGCCGCGCUCCGGAGUGCCGUCCGCGGUGCGCGACCUUCGUAUGCUGAGGACGUAG